AUGGAGAUGCUCGCACAAGGACCGGAGUUUCGACCAACCUACAACAUGUGCCACACGACGUGCCUCGCCAUGGUGCACUGCGGCCGCGUCCAGCCUGCGUGCGACCUGCUGCGCGGCAUGGGCGCUCUGCUCGGUACGGAGCCGUCGGUCAUCACGGUCACCGCCGUCAUCACCGCCCUGUGCAAGCAGGCCAGGCGGCGAGGCCUGCGCACCGCACAGGCGGCCUACUCGCUGUGGAGGGACCUGCACGGCCGCUGCGAGCGCCCCGGCGACGCCGCGCACGCCGGCGAGGGGCCGGCUCACCUCGAUGCUCCGGCGAUGCGGGCGGGCAUGCAGGCUUGUGCGCUGGCGGGGCGCAUGCGCGAGGCGGAGGAGGUCCUGUUGCAGCUCAGGGCAGCCGGGGGGGUAGACGUCCGGGCCUUCAACAUCCUGUGCAGCGGGUACGCCGGUCUCAGGGACCUCGAGGCGGUUCAGGGCAUGCUGGCGCGCAUGGCGGAGGCGGGAGUGGAGCCGUCGGACGUGACAUUCAACACGCUUGUUGCGGCCUACACGCGGCUGGGGCGCAUGGACCUGGCGCGGGAGUCCUUGCAGCGGCUGAAGGAAUCGGCGGGCGGCAAGUUGUCGCGGCAGCACUGCUGGGCGUACUCUGCGCUCAUCAAGGGCCACGUCGAGCAGGGCGACAUGGAGGGGGUGGAGGCGACACUGGAGGAAAUGCGGAGCUGUGGCGUGGCGCCGGGCCGCGUGACGUACGGCACGCUGGUCGACGGAUACGUCAAGGCGAGGGACCUGUCGCGGGCGGAGGCCGUCGUGCGCGAGGCUCACGAGCAGGGCGUCAAGCUCACUGCUAGGGAGUACAACCCACUGCUCUGGGGGCACUGCCAGCCGAACGCCAUCGGCGACGACAGCGGCGAGGUUCGGGCGCACGGAGGGGUCGAGAAGGCGCUGCGGCUGCUGCAGGAGAUGCAGGACCAGGGCGUGGAGGCGACGGCGGAGACGUACAACAUUCUGAUGCACGGCUUCAUGAAGGACGGGGACCCCCACGGCAGCAUCUCCUUGUUCGAGUCCAUGUGCCGCGUGCGCAUCCAGCCGGACGCGAUCAGCUACACUUGCGCAGUGCGGGCACUGACUGAGAGCGGGGACUACCAGGGCGCGGAGGCCAUGUUCAAGCGCGCCCUCGAGGACGCCACGAUCGAGGUCGACGAGCGCCUCCUGUGCACAAUGAUGCACUGCUACGCCCGGGCAGGCGCCAUGUCCCGCGCCGAGAAGCUCAUGGGCCGCCUGGACGACCUGGAUGCGCGCCGCCGCCCCAGCGGCGCUGCGUGGCAGCGAACGAAGUUGAAGGCCUUCGCCAUCCUCAUCGGCGGGUACUGCAACGUGCAGGACGUGGACAAGGCGCUCGACGCCACGAAGCGGCUGUACGAAGACGGCCUGGAGCCUGACGACGCGAUUUUCUCACAGCUAAUGGACCUUUUCGUGCGUACGGGGGAGUGGCGGAGAGCGCUGCAGGUCGUGGGCGCCAUGGAGAGGGUGGGCGUCGCCGCGGACAAGAAACGUAUUCGGGAGCUGUUUUUGCGCAUACAUACACGGGAGGAGCACGAGCGGCGCAGGACGGGCGAGCUGAUUCGGGACGGCGAUGCCGGUGGCGCAAGGAGCAAGUGCCGGGAGCUGGAGCGUUUCAAAUUCUGGCUAGGCAUGCCCAAUGACUACUACGAAACCGACUGGGCGUGGUGA